AUGAUUCCGCAAUUAGAACUGGCCAAAGAGGUGGCAUGCAUUCGCAGUGGGGUAACAGAAACUGUGCGUGAAAUCUGUGAUGUAUUCGCAAUGAGUGAUGUCUCCAACGUUGAUCAGGAACGUCUGAAGCGUGCUGUCAUUGACGGUUUUGAAAGAAAUGAUCCUCGCAGGUGGUGGGAACGGAAGGCGCAGAGUAGCAGUGAUGCGCGAAAAAAGAGCUGUCUCAGUUGCUUUUUGCGGCAUUUCAUUGACAUCGAGAGUUUCGUACUGGUAGCCCAGGCAGUUCUUGUGAUUGCAGGUGCAGCCCCGAAAAGUGCAAAUGCACUGCAAAGCGAACCUUAA